AUGAGCCCUUGUGGGGCGUCCGACGCGGUGAUGGGGGCGAGGUCGCUCCGCACCGAGAUGGGCGCUCCGCCGGUGCCCUGCAGGAGGGGGUCGACGAUGACCGGGUCGCACGCCGCGGGCGCCGCGGUGGGUGCUCAAUAUAGACAACGAUCUCUUCGAGGCGCCAUCCAAGGUGAUGCAAACGGCGAUCACGCCUCGCAAUCGCACCCAAGAAAAUCGAGUUCUACUGGGACCGCAGGGCGCAGCCCAAGGACCCGACGCCAGACUACAUCGUCAUCAUGCACUUCUCCGAGCUUCAACGCCGUGCGCGAGUUCUACGUUAACAUCAACGGCGAGCUGUUUUACUCCGGCGGUGUCACGCCAGACUACCUCCGUAGCAACGCCGUCUUCAACACCGUUCCCUUGCCGAGCUACCCUCGGUACAACGUCUCCAUCAACAGCACCGCCAACUCGACGUUGCCGCCUUUCAUCAACGCCAACAUCUCGACCACCAACUUUGGCACCGACUCCCAAGACGUAUCUGCCAUCACCGCGAUCAAGGCGAAGUAUCGUGUGCAAAACGAACUGGAAUGGAGACCCAUGUGCCCCGAAGACUCUUGCGUGGGAUGGGUUGACUUGCAGCUAUGCGACAUCCAAUCCGCCAAAAAUCACCGGCGUGCUCAAAUAUUAGCACGGAUUCAUCACAAGAAUCUCGUGUCCAUGAUUGGCUACAGCAGGGAUGGGCAGCACAUGGCACUUGUUUACGAGUACAUGUCAGGAGGCACCCUGCAUGAGCAGAUUGCAGGCAUGUCUCAUGAGAGUUUAAAAGCAGGAAACAGCGGCAAUAGAAGAUGCUUAACCUGGAGACAGAGGCUUCGAAUAGCACACGAAUCAGCGCAAGGGCUGGAGUAUCUACACAAGGGCUGCAAUCCACCUCUCAUUCACAGGGAUGUGAAGGCAACUAACAUCCUACUGAAUGAAAAACUGGGAGCCAAGAUUGCCGAUUUCGGCUUGUCCAAGUCUUUCAAUCACGACACUAGCGCGCAGUCCACAAACUCACUCGUUGUUGUUGGCACACUCGGAUAUGUUGAUCCAGAGUACUGUAGACCAAGGAAACCAACGGCAAAGAGCGACGUAUACAGCUUCGGCGUCGUGCUCCUGGAGUUGGUCACAGGGAGACCGGUCAUCCUUGAUGACCCAGAGCCCACCAACAUAAUCGACUGGGCACGUCGGCGCCUGGCACGGGGCAACAUUGAGGGCGUCGUGGACGCACGCAUCCAAGGGCAUGGCAACUACGACGUCAACAGCGUGUGGAAGGCCCCGGACAUUGCACUCAAGUGCACAGCGCAGGAGUCGACGCAGCGGCCGACGAUGACAGAGGUGGUGGCGCAGCUGCUGGAGUGCCUUCAGCUGGAGGAGGGCCACCACGCCGGCGGCGACGACGCGGCAACCGGAAGCUUCUACACCGGCACCAGCCGCGACCCAAGCUCGGCCGCUGACGGCCAGUCCGUGGACACGAGCCAGAGCAGCACUGCAUUUGAGAUGGAACAAAAUCUCAGGAGGGUGCCAAGAAUGGACGACACAUCAGGUCCUGUUGCACGAUGGCGUUAUGCUCUUGCGGUUUUCAAUGCCGUCAGUUUACAAAGGAAGCAGCGUCGAGUGUAUACAGUCUUGGUUUGUUGA